AUGAUGAUUUCAGGAUGGAGAAUAUCACUUGUAUUUGCCGCCAUUGUCAGCGCCUUUUUCAUUUUCAGCCGGCAAAGUUUACUCAUAGCAACGGACACCACGCAGCAAUCAAGUCAUGAUACCGUCUUGGAGAACCUGAAAUCAAACUUUCAAUGGUCAAGUGUACCUCAGAAGUUCUCUGUGACUUCGAUCAAGGCAUUGCCGGACCCCACUCCCAACAGCAUUCCUAGAAUUCAGCACAGAUUCAAGGCGGAGUCUAAGUCUGAGAAAGAUACGAGGUUGUUCAGAUUGAACUUGGUCAAAGGCAACUUUACGCACGCUUGGAAAGGAUAUAAGAAGCAUGGAUGGCUGCGUGACGAGGUCAAGCCCUUGUCAGGUGACUCUCACGAUCCUUUUGGAGGAUGGGCUGCAACCUUGGUUGAUUCUCUUGACACACUGUGGAUUAUGGGCAUGAAAGACGAGUUCCAGGAUGCCGUCAAUGCGAUAAAGCAAGUCGAUUUCAGCACAUGUGCAUUGGACGAGCUGAAUGUUUUCGAAACCACUAUUAGAUAUCUGGGGGGCUUUCUCUCCGCGUACCACCUGAGUGGCAACAAAUAUCCCAUCCUGAUCCAAAAAGCAAAGGAAUUGGGCGACAUGCUCUACAAAGCAUUCGACACCCCGAACCGACUUCCCAUUGUUCGAUGGAAAUUCAAAGAAGCACGUGAAGGCGCAAGUCAAGAAGCGCAUGAUUCGGUCCUCGUUUCCGAGCCUGGAUCUCUAACCCUGGAAUUUACUCGUCUAAGUCAAGUUACAGGCGACCCCAAGUAUUAUGAUGCAGUUCAAAGAGUUAUGGAUCUCUUUGAUGCGCAGCAAGACAAGACGAAACUGCCCGGAAUGUGGCCGGUGGUCAUAAACUUGAAGAACUCAGAUGUCAGCGACUACGGUGGAUUCACGAUCGGGGGAAUGGCGGACUCUGUCUAUGAGUAUCUCCCAAAGCAACACAUACUGCUCGGUGGAGGCACACAGUAG